GAGGUGGACGAGAAGCUCUACGACGAGCAGGGGCGCGAGAAGGUUUUGCAAACAGCGGAUGACUUCGCUCGCGCGCUCGUGAGUACGGACGACGACCCACAUAUGUACAUCCACACGUUUCGUACGUGGUUUGCCGGUGUCGGACUCGCAGUCUUUGGUGCCGUGCUCGGUAUGCUUUUCCAAUUCCGUCCGCAAGUCCUCUUGGUCUCUGCGUUGUUCCUACAACUACUUGCAUACAUGAUUGGCACAUUCCUUGCUUUCGUCAUUCCCGGUCCUGGCAGUCGCUUUUGGCGAGACAACUGGUUCUGGAGGUUUAUGAACCCCGGGCCUUUUAAUCUCAAGGAGCAUGUUGCCGCGCAGAUCAUGGCUAACACGGCUGCCACCUCGGCGCUGGCGUGCAUGGUAUUUGCCGCGGAUGACCUGUUCUACAAUCUCACUGUCAAUCCGGGCAACGCGAUCUUCACUUUACUCGCAUCGCAGCUGAUCGGGUACGGCUUUGCGGGAAUGUUCCGUUCCUUCCUGGUGUACCCCACGACGAUGCUGUAUCCGCAGAACCUCAUCUACGUCAACUUGUUCGAUGUUCUGCACCGCUCUAAGGGCGAGAUGCUCCAGGGGAAAAGGCUGCGCUUCUUCUGGAUACUCACCGGUAUCAUCUUUGUGUAUGAGUGGUUCCCUGAGUGGAUUGCACCGCUAUUGGGUUCAUUCAACAUUGUUUGCCUUUGCGCGCGCAACUCGGACUGGGUGUCCUAUAUCUUCGGCGGUGCAGAGGCGAACGAGGGCCUUGGGCUGCUUGGUUUCGGUGUCGACUGGGCGAACAUCACGAGCGCACCAUUCUACCAGCCUCUGUCGACGCAGAUUUCCACGUACAUCGGCUGGGCCCUGUGCUACAUUAUCCUUCCCGCGGUAUAUGCCCGCAACGUUUGGCACUCGCAGAACUUCCCUUUCAUCUCGCAAAACUUGUACAACGGGACCAUCUAUAACCAGAAUCUCAUCCUCAAUCCCGACCUGAGUCUCAACAAGACUGCGUACGAGAUCCAUGGACAGCCUUGGCAGAGCGGGUCGACAAUCAUCUACAAUCUCGGUAUCAACCUCUCCAUUGGUGCGACGUUCGUGCACAUCGGAUUGUGGCAUGGGAAGGAGAUAUACGCGGCGUUCAGGGACUACUUCCGUGGCGAGCCAAUCAAUGACAUGCACUACAAGAAGAUGCAGAUCUACAAAGAGGUGCCCUUCUGGUGGUAUGCUGCCAUCGCAGUAUCAGUGCUUUACUUAAGCGAGAGGGAAUAUUGCUCAUACACGGACAGGUUGCCUUGGUGGGCUUUGAUUGUUGCCCUCAUUUUCGCCGUCAUCACCUUGCCGUUCUAUGGCGCGAUGUAUGCCAUUACUGCAUGGAUCCCCUACAUGACGCCGCUGUUCCAGAUGCUGGGCGCCGCGCUCAUCCCUGGCUCGUCACAGGCGAACAUGUACUUCGAACUCUACUCGAGUCAGGCGCUCACUCAGGCGUCUGGCAUGUUGAGCGAUCUCAAGCUUGGCCAGUACAUGAAGCUCCCUCCUCGUACGACUUUCAGCGUACAAAUUGCUGGCACAGUUAUCGGUGCCCUGCUCAAUUAUGUCAUCAUGCAGGACGUGGUCAACAACGAGCGUAGCAUCCUGCUUAGCAACGAAGGUAGCCGCGUGUGGAGUGGUCAGCAAGUACAGUCGUACAACGCGAACGCCAUUCUCUGGGGUGCGCUGGGGAAGGAGAUCUUCGGCGUCAACGGGCCGUACUUUAUUGUUCCUCUCGGUAUCGUCAUCGGUCUUGGGCUUCCUGUCAUUCCCUGGCUCCUCUGGAAGCGCUUCCGCUGGGCCUGGCUGCCGAUGGUUAACACCGCUGUUCUGUCAUAUUACAUCGGCGACCUUGCUGGUGGAACGAACGGCUACAUCAACACUUGGAUGGUGAUUGGUCUUACGUCACACUUCUACAUCCGCAGGUAUCAUGCAGGGUGGUUCAGGAAAUACAAUUAUCUGUUCGGAGCUGCUGUCGAUGGAGGAGCUCAAGUAUUCGUCUUCAUCUUCUCAUUCGCCCUUGGUGGGGCUGGUGGUGUUCAAGUAAACUUCCCGAAUUGGGCGCUCAAUCCAUUAGGAAAUGCGGAUUACUGCAAGCUCACCUCUCAGGAAGGAUGAGGAUGAGAACCCCCCCUCCCCCCCCCCUUCGUACUCAUACUCCCGUACAUAGCUGUGUAAUAUUUCAUGCUUGCGCCGUCGAGCCGUGCAAGCUAUGUGUUCGUCGUGUUAUCUAGGUUAUCGCUUGUAACACCCAGUACUGACCCACUAGAUCUGGGUAUAUAUACCCAAACCACGCUCGUUUAUCCCACGAUCUUGCUGUAUCAUAGCUGGACCCCAUCUCACGCUAUAUAUCCUAGAUGGACAAUAGGAUGGUGAUACU